CUCAAACGUGAGACGGUUGAAGAAGGAAGAGGCCGACGCAGUAGAAUCUGAUCUGAGCUGGGAGGACGACAAAUAACAUUACUUACUCUAUAUAGUUUCCUCACCCGUGGGUGACAGGUUUCCUGAAUCUAUCUGAUUCCCAAUCUUUUCUCGUCGUUUGAUCUAGGGUUUGUGCAGCUCUAAAUCCCAAACUGAAGCAGAGUCAAUGGACGGCCCGUUGUCUGCGUCUGACCAGCAGAGCUUAGUCACUUCCUUCCUCGAGAUCACAGCCGGCCAGUCUGCCGAUACCGCCCGCCAGUUUCUUCAGGCAACAAGUUGGAAGCUUGAUGAAGCAAUUCAGCUUUUUUAUGUUGGCAAUGAUGGAGAAGCAGCUGCACCAUCAUUGACUUCCCCAUCGGCAAGCACUAUACCUUUGCCUGAUCCUAAUUGGAGCGGAGCUAGAAAAGAAUCAGGGGAUGAAAGUGGAAGGCAAGUUGAUGGUGAUGAUGUAAGGCCACCUUUGCCUGUAAUAAAAGAAGUUCUUUAUGAUACUGCUGCGCUUCGUGGACUACCGGUGGUGGGUGGUUCUGCACGUGAAAUUCGUCAAGUGGUCCCCUUCCGCAAUUUUCAGGAGGAAAUGAAACAUCAAGGAGUAUGGGAAGCAGACAAAGGAUCUACUUCCGCAGCAGAUAACACUAGAGCAGAUAAUCUUGCCUCUUUAUAUCGCCCCCCUUUUGCUUUGAUGUACCAUGGAUCUUUUGAAAAGGCAAAAGAUGCUGCUAGAGUUCAGAACAAAUGGCUUCUUGUGAACCUUCAGUCUACCACAGAGUUCAGCUCACACAUGCUUAAUCGUGAUACAUGGGCCAAUGAAGCUGUUGCUCAAACAAUAAAAUCUAACUUGAUCUUUUGGCAGGUUUAUGAUGAUACAGAAGAAGGCAGGAAGGUUUGUACCUAUUAUAGAUUAGAUUCAAUUCCCGUUGUCCUGGUGGUUGACCCUAUAACAGGCCAAAAGAUGCGAUCAUGGCGUGGGAUGAUCCAACCUGAUACUUUGCUUGAGGAUCUGCUACCAUUCAUGGAUGAUAGCCCAUCAGAUCAUGUCAGUCAAUCUCAUAAGCGACCCAGAGAAAGCCCUCAAGCACCUCCUCUGCAAGUUCAAGAUCAAGCUAUAGAGGAAGAUGAUGAAUUGAAACUAGCAUUGGCUGCUUCCAUGGAGGGGAUGAAAGAUGCGAAUAUAUAUGCUGCAAAAGAAUCCAGUGAACCCAAUAUUGAAGGAAAAAAUAUAGCAAACAUAAUGAAGAAGCCUGUUUAUCCGCCACUUCCUGAAGAACCUAAGGGUGAUCGAAAUCUCCUUUGCCGAGUUAGUAUUCGCCUCCCCGAUGGGCGGAGAUUACAACGGAACUUCUUACGCAGUGAUCCGAUUCAGUUGCUAUGGUCCUUCUCAUCUUCUCAGCUGGAGGGAACUGAGUCGAAGCCCUUUCGGUUGACACAAGCAAUUCCUGGGGCUACGCAGUGUUUGGACUAUGAGAGUAAUGUAACCUUUGAGACUUCAGGUCUUGCCAAUUCCAUGAUUUCAGUGACAUGGGAUUGAAGACCAGAACUGUGUUUUUAUAAGUAGCAUGUAAUCCUUUCUAAGAGAAAGAAAUUGAAGAAUUUUUGUUUCAACUGCUUCCUUAGAUCCCAAUACAUUCUGGUCAGUCCAGAGGCGGCCUUAACAUUUUGGAGGCCCCAGGCGAAAAACGUUGAACAUUCAAAAAUUAUUUUAAUACAAGACAUUGUCCUAAAAACAAGGUAAAUGAGUACAAACACAAAAUGUGAUAAUUAAAGCCAUAUUUAAAAUGUAAC